UUUGCCGUUCGCCCGCGGCUGAUUUUAAUAGAUUUUAAUUUUUUCAUAAAUUCCUAAUUUAAAUUACAUAUUUACACAGAAUGCUACCCACAGGUUCAAGUUUUUCAGUUCUCAAACAUAUUUCAAAGAUAUCAAAAUGCUUUGCAGCUCCCAGUGUCCGACAGGUUGCUCACAAAUUCGCGUUACAACACGGCAAUUUCGACUCGAACUAUUUAACGAAUCCGGCCAACCGGGAAGAAAUUCGCUUGAACAUUCAGCACCGGAAAGGCAUCGGGGACAUUGAUCGGGUUCAUGAUUUGCACGAGAGAUUGAAUGGUUGUAACGAUGCGCGAGAGCGUGAUCGUAUUGGCCGGGAACUGGAGCAGGAGUUGAGAAAGAUUCCCAAUCGGACCCACCCGGACGUGCUCCAUUAUGGUCAGGAGCCAAAAGUGGUUGCGAUGUAUGGUGAAAAGCCUAGGCCGAAGACUGGCGGAAAGGUGUUUGAAUUUUUCGACAUAGCUAAGAAGAUGAAUAUAUUCCGGAUGGAAAAGUUGGGAAAUUUCAACGGUCACAAGUCCUACUAUCUGAUGGGUGAUCUAGCUGAGUUGGAACAAGCGCUUAUUCAAUACGCCCUCUCAAAACUGUUUGCUAAAAAUUUUAAUCUUGUAACGGUUCCCGACAUUCUUCCUGCACGUGUUAUCGAAAGUUGCGGUAUGAACACCAGCGGAGAACGCAAUCAGGUGUAUAAAUUAAACAACACACAGGAUAAUCUGUGUCUAUCGGGAACCUCGGAAAUGGCACUGGCUGGUUACUUUGCCGGGACUGUAACUGACGAAAGCCGAAUGCCACUGAAACUCACAGCCGUUAGCAGAUGCUUUCGAGCCGAGACGUCAGGACUGCACGAGGAAAAAGGAAUCUAUCGAGUUCAUCAGUUCACCAAGGUAGAAAUGUUUUCGGUUUGUCGUCCCGAUCAAUCGGAAGCGACUCUAGAAGAGUUCCGUGAUUUAGAAAUUGAUAUGUUUAACGCAUUGGGGUUGCAUUUUCAACUGUUGGAUAUGCCAGCAUGUGAGCUAGGUGCUCCAGCCUACAGGAAGUAUGACAUUGAGGCGUGGAUGCCCGGUCGAGGUAUUUAUGGGGAAAUAUCCAGCUGUAGCGAUUGCACAGAUUAUCAGGCCAGACGAUUAGGUAUUCGAUACAAGUCGAACGCCGAUGGACAGCUUUACUACGCCCAUACGGUCAAUGGGACAGCAUGUGCGAUUCCACGGAUGCUAAUUGCUUUAUUGGAAAAUUUCCAAAACGAUGAUUACACCGUAACGAUUCCCGAACCUUUGCGACCCUUCAUGCGGGGCAAAGAUCACAUUCGAAGGAAAAAAGUGCUUCCCGAAUUGAAACUAACAAAACGGUUAGCCCAGGAAGAAAUAUGUUGAGCGCUUUAACAGCAUCAAGUAAAGUUGGCAAAAGUACAUGCCCAUUAGAACGGCAUUUAGGUUACUUGAAAUAGCACCAGUAAUAAAAUUGUUAUUAAAAAGUUAA